AUGGGCUCCAGGGAAGAAUCCAGUUGGCAACACCGAGUCGAGCAGAAACGACAGAGAUGUGCCAACAAGAUACCAGCCGAAUGGCGGAUUCCAGAUGAAUUGAUGGCUUCUCUACACGCUCCUCUAGCGGACCACAAAAACAACUUGAUCCGGAAUAAUAUCAUCCGUCAAUCUGGCAUCAUGACCCAGCACGAGCUGCAGAUCACAGAAGAAUACACGGUUCCAGAUUUGUUAGCAGCAUUGGCCAACGGAAGGUUAAGCUCGGUGGAAGUUACUCUGGCAUACUGCAAGCGCGCUGCCAUGGCACAGCAACUGGUUUCCUGUCUUACAGAGACAAUGUUUGCGGAGGCCCAUGAGCGAGCUCAGUAUCUCGACCAACUUCGCUCGCAAGGAAAAUUGGUGGGUCCCCUUCACGGUCUGCCCGUGAGUAUCAAGGAUAGUUUUCACUAUAAAGGUACCGAGGCUACCAUCGGCAUGGUCUGUUUCCUGGACGAGGUUUCUAUAGGGAAUUCACCGCUCACUAAUGUACCCCAGACGAUGAUGGCACUUGACUCGCACAACAACGUCUUCGGUCGUACCCUGAAUCCCUGGAAUACCACUCUGACUCCUGGAGGAUCGAGUGGUGGCGAGGGCGCUUUAGUUGCGCUGCGAGGAUCACCUCUAGGAGUCGGCACUGAUGUGGGCGGCUCCAUUCGCGUCCCUGCUCUUUGUUGCGGGACUUACGGCUUCCGACCUAGUGCGUCAAGAGUUCCCAACGCAGGCACUCGUACCUGCUCAACUAGCGGAAUGCGAUUCAUUCUCUCGUGUGCGGGGCCUUUGUCCCUGGACCUUGACGGGCUUGAGGUGUUCUUUCGCUCCGUGUUCGAUAUCCAGCCCAGUUUAUAUGACUCUACUGUCAUCGAUGUGCCAUGGCGAGAUGUCACGGUGAAGCCUCAAUUGAGAAUCGGUGUUGUUCCGGAGCAUCCAAUCUUUCCAUUGCAUCCUCCAAUCAAACGGAUACUGGCAGAAGCGAUACAACGCCUGGAGCAUCAGGGCCAUGAGAUCGUUCACCUCACUAACGAAGAGUGCUGGAUCAAGGAACUUAAUGAAGUGGCGUCAGGAAUCUUCGGGCUGGACCAGAGCGCCCUCGGCCAUGUCAUCUCCGCCAGCGAGCCCGUGGUGCCCGCAUUGCAACACAUUGGCUCCCAGAUUGCAAAGGUGAAGCAGUUUCAUAAACCAUCCCUACCGGAUAUGAGUUCGAUGGACCGUCUAGCCAAAUUGGCCGCUCUAAACACUCGUCGAGCCGAACUCAAGGAGGAAUAUCGCAAGACGUGGAAACAACAUGAUCUGGAUAUUUGCCUUGCACCACCAGCACAAAACACCGCGGUCGCCCAUGACGCCUUUGGUCCUGCACCGUAUACCAUUUUCUUGAACUGUCUUGAUUAUCCCGCAUGUGUCAUUCCAUUUGGACAGGUCAACGAGUUGGAUGCGACAGAUACCUUCCCGGUUGGCGAUGAGCAAAUUGCACCAGAAUAUGACUAUCAAUCGGUCCAAGGGGCCCCAUGUGGGAUCCAGGUUUUCACGACCACAAUGCGCGACGAGGAAUGUCUACAGAUGUCCAAGAUUAUUGAUCAGUGUCUGAAGGGGUAA